UAAUCAGGCAGUAUGGAGACGUACUAUUAAGAGGAGGUGACGCAGCCGGUGACAGUUAAAUGUACUACUAGGACCCUUCGGUGCUGCGAUGGCUGCGAACAACGGGAAAGCGGUGCUGUUUGUGUGUUUAGGUAAUAUUUGCCGGUCCCCAAUAGCAGAAGCAGUGUUUAGGAAACUGGCAAAAGACAACAGUGUUGUGGAUCAUUGGAGGAUAGAUAGUGCAGCAACAUCUACAUAUGAAAUAGGAAACCCCCCUGACCAUCGAGGACAGGCCUGCAUGAGGAAGCAUGGCACAAACAUGAGUCAUGUUGCCAGGCAGGUUACAAAGGACGAUUUUGCAACAUUUGAUUAUAUUCUCUGCAUGGAUGAAAGCAAUUUAAGGGACCUGAAAAAGAAAGCUAGCCAGGUGAAAAAUUGCAAAGCUAAAAUUGAGCUUCUUGGGAGCUACGACCCACAAAAACAGCUGAUCAUUCAAGAUCCCUAUUACGGGAAUGAAGAGGAUUUUGAAACUGUUUACGAACAAUGUGUAAGAUGCUGCAAAGCAUUUUUGGAAAACUAUUCUUAAUGUGGCUGUGUAAAACAUCUUUCUUGUAAGAUUUUGUUUUGGUGGCUUAAAUAAAACCUACCUGUCUAUAUAUCCAUAAAAAAUA